UGGCUUUCCUCGCGCGCCGCUGCUCUGCUGUCGUGGUGCUGGUGGCGCUGCUGGUUGUCCUGGCGGCCGCUGCGGUCACCUCCGCGCGCAACCUCGCGGCCACAGAUGAUAAUUCAAAAACUUCCGGAAAAGACUGCGUUCCUGGCACAUCGUUUAAAGCAGAGGACGGAUGCAAUACCUGCUAUUGCACCGCAAAUGGUAGCGCUCUUUGCACUCAAAUGGCUUGCCACCCCCUUCGGCCUGGUAGAUGCGUCUCUGGGACAUCGUUUACGGCAGCGGACGGAUGCAAUGUGUGCACCUGCUCCAGCAGGGGCAUUCCUCGGUGCACGAAGCGAGGCUGCAUUCCUGACCCGUCAUGAUGUGUUCCUGGUUCAUCACCAGAUACGCGUAAUGACUGUUUCUGAGAAACUUGUAGCUGUGCAAGAUGUACUUUGAAUGCAUGCAUAAAACCAAUGAAAAAUGAUAACCAUGCUCAUAUUGAUAUUCAUUACUUUAGAUUUCACUUAAAAAAAUUAUAAGUCCAUUAUUCUAUAAAACAUUGUUUUCAAAUAUCAUUAUCCAAAGCUUGUCAGCAAUUAAUAUAUACAUCCAGAAUGCACCUAUGUUUCUUUAUUAGUAACGACAAUCAUUUAUAUUAUUAAUCAAUAUUUCAGAAUUAAAUAUGACCACAAUAUUUUAUAAUAUGACCUGAAGAUUAUUACCAGAGGUACAUUUUAUAUGACUUGCAGUUAUCGAACACAACAGUCUCAAUUUGACAAAACAUCAAAAAAUG